AUGGUCGCUCUGAUAAUGCAGGGGCAAGAAGCACCAUUCAGGUACCGAACAUACCUUACUUUGCACAUCGUGAUGGCAUUUGUAUUGUCGGCCAUUGGCCUCUGGCUCUGGCAGAAGGAUGCCUUGCCCUCCGUGGCCCACUUCCUCGAAGACCCAAAUCGAAGCAAUGAGCUAAUUGUCCUCUUCUCCUGGAUACCGCUCUUUGGCUUAGCAGCACCGAUGCUGGUUAUCGGGAGCGCACAAGACAUUGCUGACACCUCCCUACAAGUGCUUGGUUUCCUGUUGUACCUUCCAGUGCUGGAGGAACCGCUCAACGUGAGUGUGGCGUGGGCUUCAUACGGUGGCCUCGCCAUGGCAAGAGCUCUGCAGCUUUGCACGUCUCAUUCUGGAAUGCCGGUCCAGCUCACACCGUUCCUUCGGCAUGUCCUACAAUUGGAAUUCGGUGUCUUUGUGACAAUGCGUACCAGGAUAUGGUACCUUGGGCGACAGUGCUCGCCUCUCACACUAUCCAGUUUGAAGGAUUCUGCAGAGGUUGGGCCUUGCGUCGACCGUCACAGCAUUCGACGUCGGCUCGUGUUGCAGGAGCCAUGCGUACUACCGGAGCAGGGACUGGGUUUUGCCGCGAGAAUGGUACUGGAUUUCCGGGGCCGGAGGGAGCUGUACAAAGCGGAGUUGAUUGGCCGGUUUAUGUGGGCUGUCCAUCUCCACAAACAGAAGCAGCUGAACCCUGACGUGUUACUCCGCAUCCUCGCUUUUCUGCAAGAGUCGGACAGGCCUUUCACAAGCUUCCUGGGGCUACUGGACGAUGGCCUGACCCAAGUUUCGGCGAGCCAUCGGACAACGCAGGCUCGGUCACAGUCCUUGUCUUCGAUGUCGUCCAUAGCAUUCUUGCAGAAAGUCUUGCCUUUGCGGCUGCAGCGCCUCUUCGCGCAACCUGCCGACAUGGGCGCCGCCGAAGCCGAUGAUGAGACGGAGGCAAGUAUGACGGGCGUCUCGGCGCUUCCCUGGGUGGCUGCGGGCCUAGGGUUUCUGCUUGGGGCUAUCACCGUCCUACAGCACGCCGGUUCCGUUUGGUGA